AUGGCAAGCCCAUUCCAAAGAUUGAGGCGCUUCACCAGAUCACUCUUGGUCAAGGAUAAGGACAAGAACGACGAUGACCUCUCAGGCACCACCACCGCUAGCAAUGCCUCCUCCUCCCCUUCGCCCAACACCACCACCACCACAAGUACCAGCAGCAACAAUAGGAAUAAGAAUACAAACAAGAUUCCCACCAACCUCAGGGAGCUGCUUGCCACCGGCCUGCUUGAAGGUCAGCCCGUCAAGUACAUCAUGAGGAAAGGCAAGUUUAUCGUCAAAGAUAUCAGAAUGUAUGAUCAAGAUAAGGUUGUUGAAGCUGCACUUAAUUCUAGAAUACAAAGAUUGGAGCAGAGACUAAUGGAAAUUGAUCCUCAUGUUGUACCAGUUAGCUUGGGAGAUAUGCUGAUAAGGAUUUAA